AUCGAGUUGGUUGGUUCGUACGCGCUGCGUGGGGCGUGACUGAGAUUGCAUUUUGGCUCACAGUCUCUCUUUGAUUUCUCUACAACCACAAUGGCUCCCCCUCCUCCGGCUGGCGAAGAACGCGUUGUGAUCCUCCGCACGACGGGCGGUGAAAUCGCGCCCGCGUCGGCGCUCGCGCCCAAGGUCGGUCCGCUCGGCCUCUCGCCCAAGAAGGUCGGCGAAGACAUUUGCAAGGCCACGCAGGACUGGAAGGGUCUCUCGGUCACGGUCAAGCUCACGAUCGUGAACCGCGUCGCGACGGUCUCGCUCAUCCCGUCGGCCUCGUCGCUCCUCGUCAAGGCCCUCAAGGAACCCCCGCGUGAUCGCAAGAAGGUCAAGAACAUCAAGCACGAUGGCAACUUGACGCUCGAGACGGUCAUUGACGUCGCCCGCACGAUGCGCUCGCGCUCGAUGGCCCGCCACUUGUCGGGCACGGUCAAGGAGAUGCUCGGCACGGCUGCGUCGCUCGGCUGCACGGUCAACGGCGAAGCCGCGACCGAGAUCCAGCGCCGCAUCACGGAAGGCGAGAUCGACAUCCCCGAAAACUAAGUUGUAAAUGCAAGAGCCAAGAGGGACACCCUUCGGACCACGUACCUGGUACCUGCUGCUGCUUCCACGCCAUCCUCCUCUGCACUUGGAUUGACUCAUCUGACCUUGACGGCAUCAUCUCUCUGCCUAGCAUCGCACCGACCGCGCGUGGCCAUGAUCCACCUCGCUCGCGCCGCUGUCACGUCGUCGCCGUCGUCGUCCUUGUUGUUGCCGGUGAGAGCACAACAAACUUUAAUAUACUCCGAACGUUCGACUGUGGAAACAAUCAACAACCCUUGAGGCGACAACGACGACGACGACAACGACGACGUGACUCGACGACCUGCGACGACGGCCACCGCGUGUCCUGCAUUUUGCAUUUUUCUGCAUUUUCAUUUGUAUAUUUUGCAUGGUUUCUACAUUUUUGCUGCAUAUCGACACGUGUGAUUUCAUUUCGUCCAGCCUUUUUGGCUGUGAUGGAAUUCCUCGUUUCUGAGUAGGCCGGACCCGCUGCACAAGCGGGGCUCGGUCACGACAUGAGACCAACCUUGAUUAAUACCGAUGAUGUACCUCGCACGCCUAGCUAGCUUUCUUCACCGCAGCAAUGACCAAAUAUAUACGAUAACUUGAUGUCACAUCUUUGCUCUAAA